AUGUCACGCCCGUCGUCAUCUCGCACCACUACACAGCAAUCCCGUACCAACCCUUCGACUCCGACAGCCCCCACGCCCACUCCUCCCCCACCUACACCCGCACCCACCCGCCCAACCGAACUGGUUGCUGAAAAGCCCAUCCGUUACAUCUACACGGAAUCAAGUAUUCGGGGUGAUGUCAUGUAUCCUGUGCCUGUGGGUGUUACGCACCUGGUACGCCAGAACUUGAUCGACAUGACCCGCGAUUCUCUUGCCGAGAAGGUCCGCACCUUGGCCACCAAAGACGCCCCCUUUAAGCCGGACCUCUCCAAUGCCACCGUCUACUACUCUUUAUUCCGUCCUCUUAACCAGGACGGCAACGUGAUUAACAACGAGUCCCGCCAGCUCAAUUUUCCUACAUCAGAACACAUCCCCAAGGACGUCAACAUUGUGGUUGCGUUUGCACCACCUGAUAAGCAAGACUUCAAAACUUCGAUGCCCCUCAAGUAUCUUGUAAAGGGAGCAACUGCGACCGCCGCGAGUCAGAGCCUGAUUGCGGAGGAGUUGCAAGAAAAGCUCGGCAACGCUGAGAAGCAGUUGAAGGACACUGAAAAGCAGUUGAAGGACAAGGGAAAGGGAAAGGGUGUCGGAAGAAGCCAACAGCUCCAGCACGACCUCGACGAGGCCGGCACGCAGUCCCAGAGGCUGCAAGGAGAGGUUAACACCAACGAUGAGGAGACGAACUCGGACCGCAUGAUAAUGUUUGAGAAAGCCAUCCGCCAGCAGCUGGCCCGCACAACCGAAACAUUGGGAGAGGAAAUCCGCCUGCUGAAAGAGGACAACCGCCUGCUGAAAAAGGAGAACCUGAGGCUGAAAGAGAAGGUGGCUUCGCUGGAGAACAGGGUGAUCGAGCUGGAGGGCUUCGAUUACGAUCAUAACAAGUUGGACCAGAUCCGUCGCCGUGCAGUCCUUGACGAGGCGCGCAACGCCCUCAUGGUUCUGUUCGGGUUCAGUCCCGAGAAUACGACCUGGCUGGAGUUUGCAAGCUCUCGCCAACCAGCAAGCAUUGUGAAGGAAACCGCAUAUAAGAACCACCGUGCCUGGCGUCUCAUUAGGGCUGAUGACCUUGGCGCGCUGUUUCACAUGGGCGUCGGAGGAAUGGUCCGCUUCGACGGCAUCAAGGCAGCCAACACAUUCUCGUUCAACGAGAUGCGAGGCGCUGUCCAGGACACCCCCGGACAAAACUUCCGCGUUCUGAGGCUUUUCCUCGACACCCUCGAGCCCGCCGACUUCCCUCUCGUGCAACUGUAGUAUAGCCAUCCAUAUCCCUACAGCCAUCCAUAUCCAUACAACCAUCCAUAUCACCG